CUCCAUAACCCUCGCCACAUUUUGCUGCCGCAGCUGUUGUGGCGCACACAGGGAGGACUGGAGUUACUAUGUUCAGUCUGGAACAGGCGUUUUCUCACUGAACAGCGACCACCGAGCCCGUUUCUCUCCAGCAGAAGAAAAAACGGAAUGUUGUCACUCUUUUUCUCAGGAAGGUCGGUUUCCACAGAAUAGUGAAGACACGCUCAUCUACCAUGAGCUGUUUGGAUGUUAUGUACCCAGCCUAUGGACAUUACGCACCGUACGCACCGACUGCUCCUGCUUUCAUCAGUAGCUUACAGGCUCCCACUGGUCUGACCAGCACUUCUCCUCACUGCCGGGAUUUUAUGGACACUCCCAGGGGUCCUGAGGGGAUGUCUGGGGGCCCAGGCACCGGAGGAUCAACCUCCUCUUCUUCUUCGUCUGCAUCUUCUUCUUCCUCUUACACGCCUGCAGCUUCACGGCCAGAGGAUGGCCCCAAGGAGAAGCAGGAGGCCCCUGAGGCAGAGUACCUGACAUCUCGCUGUGUCCUCUUCACCUACUACCAAGGAGACAUCAGCAGUGUGGUUGAUGAGCACUUCUCGAGGGCCCUCAGCUCCUACAUGGAUGGAGAGGGCAAACGGCGGGCAUCAGACCAACAGGGCACAGAUACCACCUCACCUAGCAGUCGACGAAGUUUCCCUCCAUCCUUCUGGGACAGCAAUUACACCUCGUCUCAGAGCCGCUCCCACUGUGAGACGGGAGUGCCUUCCUAUUCCAUGGACCCAUACGCGUCAGGGCUACACCCGGGCCUGGCACACCCACAUGCUCAUCCUCACCCACACGCUCAUCCUCACUCCCACCCUCACCCGCCAGAGAGUUGGGGAUACCCUCAGGCCCAGGCUUAUGGCCCCCCAAGGCCUCUCCAUGAACUGUAUUCUCCCUCGGCUUUGGAGCCCCACUACGGGCCCCUGCUCAUGCCUACGGUGCGGCCACCUCACCUGCCUACUUUGCCAAGCCACUAUGAAGUGAGCAAGCUAGAGCCCACUGCCUCCUGGCCCAGCCUGCUUCCCCCAGGGGAUGUCAGCCAGACGCUGGCCCUAAACAUGGAUGCAGGCCUCCAGCAGCACAAGAAAGGCAAGGAGCUGUACUGGUUCUAACGAGCCCUUCAGUCACAUUGACCAGCCAUUACCAGAUCCAAUUAGUCCCUGGACCUGCUCCGCUAUUGAAGCACCGUAUCCCUUUAUCCCCCCACACACUCCAUCCCCAUCUAUCCACCCCCUUCUCUCUCUGCUUCUGGCCACCCCUGCCAGUAUACAGCCUUGCUCCAGGUCGACGUGUGUGCACCAUGGAGAUAAAGCAGAGAGAGAGAGAAAGAGAGAGAGACAGAGUGUCACUGUCCAUAAUCUGUGCUGUUGCUCUCUCUUUCUCAUCUCCUUCACUAUGUCUCUCGUCCACUCGCUCUCCUGUCGCUGCCGGUGCAGCACAGACCUUGGCAAGGUGUGAGCCAUGGUGACCUGUUUGGACUGGGAAAGACAGGAUCACAACAGACUUUUGCAGAGGACAGAGAAAUAGAGGGACGAAUGGAGGGAAAGAGGGAUAAAUAGCGGCAAGCAGGGAUUCCCUCCAAUGUCCCUGGUUAUCUCUGUCUCAUGCCUUUUGUGUGGUACUGUGGUUGUCAUCAUCCACUUAUCUGCAGUUCACAAAAGCAACAUGCAGCGGUAAACAGGGGCAGCAAUCAUGGCGGUUUAUGCUUAGUGACUGUCAUCAUGACGCCUUUUUUGGUUGUUAUUAUAUUAUUUUGCUCUCUGAAAUAAAGUGUUUCUAUUUAUUGGUGUUUAUGUGCAUUUCUAAAAUGUUUGGUUAGGCCAGUGCUUCUGAAAUGAUUGUGGUUCAGUUUAUUGUGUUUUCUAAAGAGAGGCGAUGGAGAUGACCAUACCACGUGUUUUUGGUGGCGUUUCUGAUCUUUUUAUGAAGGAAUCUUUUGUGGAGAAAGAAGACCAUUUCUCAAAAAAACAUAUCAGAAUUUUUUUCAGUUAAACAUCUGAAUAGACUCAAAGAUUGUGUUCUUUGAAUUUGAUGAUGUUCCAUUUUAGUUCUUUAAUUCUCUGUGUCAUUCUUAGAUAUUUUGAAUUUGGUCUUUCUAAAUGAUUAUGGGAUGUUUCUUGUGUGUCAUUUCACAUUUUUUGUGUCCAAGAAGAUUGUGAUGUCAAUAAAUAUUUUUAUGGUAAAAAAUUUCACAUCACUUACAUGUGUACUUUGCAUGUUAUUAAAAAUUGUAUCUGAGCUACAGUCAUUUUAAAUACAUUGUAAUUAUAGCUGGAUGGAGAGAGAUAAAUACUUCCAGAAAAAAAAUACUAGUAUUGGCUUGAAGAAACUUUAAAACCUCAGUAUUGGGCUUCAUGGAGAAUACAGGCUUGAUGGAGGCUUUCUUUACCACUUUGAGAUCAAUUUCUGAUUUUACACACUGAUAUACAGAGUGUGUUGAUAUUUUAGUAGCUUUUUGAGUCCUAGAGACAGUAGCACAGCCAGAUGUGGUCAAGGUUACACUGUAUUUAAAAGGCCUUCCAUUUGAAUUCCUGCUCGCAUUCACACUUUGUCACCUAUAAAGUGGGAAUGAGUGGUGAAUGCCAGCAAUGUGUAACCACAGAAGAAGCCAGCCAUCCCAGCUAUGCACCAAAUGUUACUAUGUUAUUGAUCCGAUAAUCAGAUUAUGCGCUAAGGUAUGCCAGUCUGGGCCACUGUCACAAUUUAGCGGCUGUUAUGUGUGACCCCCACUAGAGAGCAGCCAACUAUGUGAUUGGCUCUAAGCUGAGGAAACAUGUAGAGUAAUGAAAUUAGAAGAGUUUACCAGGGAUAGCAUUCCUCUCAGUUCCCCAUGCCAAGCAUCUUACUGCCUUUUCACACUUGUAUUGUCACUGGGCCUGAGGGUUUCCUUUUCACACUGGAUCCUCCAGGAUGUACACCAUAGUUUGUAAGCACCCAUGGCUAUUGUCAUAUUAUAUUAAUUAGAUUUCAAUGAACCCUACAUGACAUUAAAAAUAGCCAUGUAUACCGCCAUAUAUUGUUUUUAUAAAGAAAACUCCAAAAAAACAAAAUUAAUUAGAUUUGACUUGUUACAUAAAUUUUUAUAAGUGGCACCAAAACAAUUACUGCAGAUUUAUUGUAUGAGAAGUAUAGAAUUAAAUAAGUGUGGGAGCUUUAUGUACCAAUGAACAGAAGUACUGUAUAGGCAAAGCCUAUGGAAAUGCUGCCCUCUCCUGCUGUG